GUUGUUUUGGAUUGUCGACGUUGUUCUUUGCUUACCGUGUAUAUAUCAUGUUAUGUUUUGUGUUGAAUAUUCUUGAAAAUAACCAAGUCUCCUGUCGAUAGCUAUGGAUUGGAACUUCGAAACACUUCGGUCUGAAUUAAAAGAUACCCUACAGAAAUCCUUUAAAGGAAGGAAUAUCGAUAUCCUCGAACAGAAAACCAAAUUCAUAGCCAAAACAAACGUAGAUGUUAAAACCUCUUUGGACCAAACCUUCCGUGAUGUUCUACUGCAGUUACUCGAAGAACAGGCUGGUGUGGCUACCCUUCAAGAGUUUGUACAAUUUUCCAUCACAUCAUGUCGCCACAGCUUGAGUUCUAGUACCUUACCUGUUAUCCUUUUGGGAGAUAUCUUCGAAACAGUGACAUUAGAUACAUGUGAAAGCAUGUUUACUUUCGUAGAACAAAAUGUGAGCAUUUGGAAAGAAGAGAUGUUCUUUACUGGAUGCAAAAACAAUCUUUUGAGACUCUGCAAUGAUUUGCUGAGAAAGUCAUCGCGAACUACAGCAACAGUAUUUUGUGGAAAAAUUCUGUUGUUCUUGGCCAAGUUCUUUCCCUUUUCUGAGCGAUCAGGAUUGAAUAUAGUUAGUGAAUUUAAUUUAGAGAAUGUUACGGAGUAUGGUAUAGAUCCUGUUGAGGAUGCUACUGCAGAAGUAUUAUCAGGCAAAGAAAAGCAAGUCAUUGACUUCACGUUUUACUGUAAAUUUUGGCAGCUGCACGAUUUUUUCAGAAACCCAAAUCAAUGCUAUAACAAAAUUCAGUGGAAAGUGUUUACUUCACAUUCAAUGAAUAUUUUGAAUACCUUUCAAGGCAUAAAACUGGACUAUGUGACUUCAGUUAAUGAAGGCUACUUUCCAAAGUACCUAACUAGUCAGAAACUACUAGAAUUACAGCUGUAUGAUGUGAACUUCAGGCGAUCUGUUUUACUACAGUUUCUCAUAGUAUUUCAAUAUCUCACCUCAACAGUAAAGUUUAAAUCAGACAGUUUUGAGUUAAAGAGUGAUCAAAAAGAAUGGAUCAACAAUACCACAGAGAAAAUUUACAGUUUAUUAAGAGACACACCUCCAGAUGGUGAGAAGUUUGCACAAAUUGUGAAACAUAUCUUGAGUAGAGAGGAGCUUUGGAAUGCAUGGAAAAAUGAUAGUUGUCCUGAAAUGAAGAAAGUCAAUUUAGUUGCUGGAACUGAAAAAAGAAAGGAAAAUGAAAAACCUUUGCUGGGUGAUGUUCUCAAAGAGGCAAGCAAGGAAGGGAAGUAUUACAUGGGCAGCCGAGAAUUAACCAGACUUUGGAACCAGUGUCCAAAGAACCUUGAGGCCUGCAAAGGCAGGGACUUUUUACCAACUCUUGAAGAAUAUUUUGCAGAAGCUAUGGAUCAAAUGGAAAAUAACGUGCCAGGGGAAGACACUAUCCUUAAAGACAGUAACUUUGGUUGGAAGGCCUUAAGACUCCUAGCCAGACGAAGUCCAUAUUUUUUCUCUCACAGCAAUGCCAUUAUGCACCCCUUAUCUACAUAUCUGCAGUUUACCUUAGAGAAAAUCGCUUAUAAAAAGCCUGGAAAAGAGGUAUCACAAGAAACUCAAAAUGACACCGAAAUUGAUAACAUAUUGACUGAAGAGGAGCAGGAACAAGCGACGGACGGCCUAAAACACACCGAACAAGAAGAGUUUUUGGAUGACAACCAUGUGCGUAGAGAACACAAAAACAUAACAUUACAACAACUGAUGUUCAUUAGUGCAAAAAUAGCCCCCGAAUGGACCAAAUUAGCGUUAAAGCUAGGCUACAAGCAAGACGAGAUCGACUUCUUCAGGAACGAGAACCCUACUCCGGUAGAACAAGCUAGGAACUUGCUGCAGAUUUGGUUCGAAGAUGACGAGGAUGCAACACUUGACAACCUGUUGUAUAUUCUGGAAGGACUCGAUAUGCAACAAGCGGCAGAAGCUGUUAAAGGAGAGAUACAGAACAUGAUGGAAUCUUGAUCAGAGAUACGAUCAAUAUUUGUUUUAAUUAUGAUAAUUAUGUGGGCAACAUCUUACAUACAGUGAAUUAUAUAAAAAAUAAUCAGUCCGUUUUUAUUUAUUAAUUAACCCAUUAAUGCCC